GGAUCGGUAUCGCCGAUACCAGUCUGAAUUUUAGUAUCGGAUCGGUAAGGAAAUCGGUGGUAUCGAACAUCUACUACUGCGCUCCUCCAUCAGUCCGUCCGAGCUAAUCUGAGCUGGAUGGGACACGUCUCCUUCCUUCCUCACAAGGCCUGUAUGGACUCCCAGCGGCCAGCAGGGGGCGAUGCUCACCAGUCCAUUCAUGUUUAUUUCUACUAGUUUACGAAGUUUCUACCCCCAAAACAGGUCAAAAAUAGAUUGAUGUCGCCUUUAUCUCUCCAUGUGUUCGUUUUCAUCAGGGAAGAAAAAUAAGAACGUUUCUCUCACUAAGAAAAUGAUUGGAUAGUCAAAACCAGAGGGCAGAUCAAAAGUAACAUGCAAAACCAGACUUAGAUACCUUAUAAACCCCAAAUUUUGUCGUAAAGAAAUGAAAAAUAACAAAAUACACUACCACAGUCUUAUUUCUGAAUAUUUUCUAAGGCACGAACACUAAAGAUUAAGUGGAAACUAUCCAUUUAUACUUGUUUUACUUGUUACUUGUUACUUGUUUUGGUAGGAAUUAGCUUCUAUAUUAUUAAGAUAUUUCAGUCAUUUCUUAAACGUUUUAUGGUUUAUUUGUUUCGGUACAAAUAAAUAAAUAUAUUGUAUAGACUAAAGCUAUUCCAGAAAAAAUGGCUUUAGUUUUGUGGGAUCAAUGCUUCAAAUAAUAAAGUGACGUUCUACUGAUUGAUAAACUUAUUAAAUGGACGGAGAUGAUAAUAUGAGCCCUCGUAUCUUAUCUCUUAUGUAGGAUUAAUGUUUUUGUAAAUAAGUCCCUGUGGAGUUUCUAUUUUAACAUCAGUCGCAGUAAUGAAGACAAAUCAAACAUUUCAUGAGCGCUGCAAAAUGCGAUAGAGCUGAGAUACUGUGAAGUCACUUAUGGUCCCAUAGUUCGUAUUAUCCUAUCUGAAAACAGUAAACUCGUGGUUUUCUAUCGGGACCAGAUGCGCUUUUACGCACUCCGUCUCCAGCCCUCACACUCAGCGCGCUGUUUACGCACACGAGAUAUUUGACUCCUCGUUCCUCGGUCCUCGUCAAACGUCAUAAACCCAAAUUAUUCUAUAGGAAGAGGUUGUGUGUCAUUCAUUGUGUGCUCGUGAGAGGGCCGGCUUGUUUCUCCGCGCGGAAGAAGAAAUGACCAUCACGUUAAUGGUUUCAGUGGGAUUUGCUUAGCUUUUCUUUCCCCAUUCCACUGCAGACACUGCAGAGCUGUAGACCAGAGCAGGAUUUAUAACUUCGGGAGUUACUUGAAAGUCUUCGGUAUCUCUGGAUAUCUUUGUCAGGGAUAAUCUUAGAGGAGAUGAUGGCUUAUUCGUCUCUCUACGCGCUGUGCAUGUGGAUAAGUUUAGUGUGUCCUUCGCUGGGAACCGGCUUCGUUUAUCGCUUUCCAGGCAUCACAGUCCAGCGGCAGCGCAUCAAAUCGGAGCAGAGCAACACGGGACCACCGGGUACCGGGUCCCAUACGCAACUCAGGAACUGGUGUCAGUAUACUGUUUCGAGAACAGUCUCUUGUCAGGUGCACAAUGGAACCGAAACCACGGUGCAGAGAGUGUUUCAGGGCUGCAGAUGGCCAGGACCCUGUGCCAAAGUUAUCAGCUACAGGACCCUGAUCAGGCCGUCGUUCAGGAUCGCCUACAAGCAAGUCACCGCACUGGAGUGGAGAUGCUGCCCCGGAUUUGUGGGGGAAGAGUGUCGCGAAGAGUGUUUGAACUGCACCACCUUCAACGACAUGAACAGUAGAAUAAACACCAUUGAAUCAAAGAUCAAACUCUUAGAAGAGGGACGCUCGUCCAUGCCGACAGCCACCAGUUUACCAGAGGGCUCAACAGACAACGAGGUGGACGCAGCCAAGCCCACUCCUCUUGGUCCGCCAUCGUAUCUGCCACCAGGUGGUAGGGGGCCCCCGGGGCCCAUUGGACCUCCAGGGCUUCCAGGUCCUGCUGGACCUCCUGGACCGCCUGGACAAGCAGGCGCCUCCGGACCCUUUGGACCAAAGGGGGACAGAGGUCUGCCAGGUGAGAUAGGUCUCCCCGGCCCUCCUGGUCCACCAGGCCCUCCAGGGGAGGGUCUUUCCCCUGUCCGUGUUCGGGGUGACGUUUUUCACGUGGACCAUCAAGAGGAGACGUCCUUCCGCCCCGUUCUCACCGCCGGCCCUCCCGGUCCAGUAGGUCCUGUCGGCCCCGCAGGCGCCCGAGGAGAAAGAGGACCCGUGGGUUUACCAGGUCUCCCGGGACAAGACGGUAAGGAAGGCCUCCGAGGCCAGCCUGGUGAUCCCGGGGCUAAAGGAGAUCCAGGGGAAAGGGGGUUCCCAGGUGUAGCAGGCGAGCAGGGCCUACCUGGAGCCCGGGGGCCAAAAGGAGAGCCAGGAGAAGGCUUGAAUGAGGGUGAAGCCGUGCAGCAGCUCAGGGAGGCCCUGAAGAUCCUGGCUGAGAGGGUCCUGAUCCUGGAGCACAUGAUCGGCAUUCAUGAGAACUCUGAGGGAUCUGGAUUUGGCGGCGUUACAGACCCUCUGUCCUUCUCCGUCCUAAAGACCAAGCGCCUUCAGCCUGUUCGAACACCUCUUCAAAUUCCAGUGCUGGUCGAAAGACAAAGACGAAUUCCCGUUCAAUAGUAUAGUCUACUUUAGUUUGUAAUUGUAAAGGGAUGUUGCAUACGUUUAUUUCUUUGAAUUUUAUUUUUGACACUAUCAAGUACUGUUGUAAACAAAAAAAAGGAAGUUCUUUGCAGACAUGAGAUGUUGAGCAUUUCAUCCACAUGAAAGGCUUAUUUCAGGCUUUUUUUUUUUUUUUUUUUUUUUUUUUUACCCUGCUGCUGCAUGACCUUAGUCUACAUAACCGCAACAGCAGCACUUCCAUGGUGCUGUACAAUGAAAUAUCAUCUCAUAAAGUGUUAUGAGGGUUUUGGCAUCUUUCUUUCCUCAGAUAAAAGACGGCGUUGUAAACAUAUCUAUUUCCUUGGCUGAUGUUGCAAAGCUCCGGGUUCCUGAGGGCUGGACUGAAAAUGUACCAUUUUGUGUCAAACACAUUCUUGGAAUGACCUCGAGGUUCAUCCUGUGCGCCUGUCAAACAUAUUUCUUCCUUCUCUCUGUGUCUCUGUGCGCUCUGCCUUGUUAACACUGAGGUAAGACAUGACAAGCUGCCAGGAAUAUCUGCUUGAAAUAAAGUUAGGUGAAAUGAAUAGCACCUGGAGAGCGCACAUCUGGAGCGCAAAAGAGAAGAGAUGCUGAAACAGUUGAAUUGUGGCCUGGAAACCGCAAAACUGCUCGGCCCCGAUGCAGCUUUGCGUAAAUGGCUGACAGAGCACUAAACUUGACAGGGUUACACUGACUUCUUCAUAAAGUGCCUCUGAGAUUUCUUUCUAAACUGAUAUGAUUAUUGUGUAAUGUGUUUCUGAGAGACCCAGCUGCUGCUAGUCAAACACGAGGGAACAGUCCUCUCUAUUACAAGAUUUGUAUGUGAAAGUCCUUCAUGGAAACAUGCUUAUACACAAUUUAGAUGACAGAUACAUAAAAGAUCAAUAACAGUUUCAGAGCAGCGCUCACAUCAAAGGAUUCAGGCCAGAAUUAUGUGUUCAGUGGUAAGUAAUCUGAUUUAGGGAACAUCAAAAACGUCAAUUAACCAGCCAAUAGCCUUGCUAACAUCUAAAUAAAAUGUAGUAACAACCAAUA